CCCCUCGCUAUGUCGUGCACGCUGCUCGGCGCCUCUGGAGCUCGGGUCCCUCUGGAGGACGGACGAGCCGUGAUCCUGGGCCGGGGCCCGGACACCGCGGUCACGGACAAGAAGUGCUCCAGGCACCAGGUGAAAGUGGUGGCUUGCUAUGCAGACCAGGAUGUGGUUGUCACUCAGCUUGGUGCCAACCCCAGUUUCCUGGGUGGUGAUGCGCUGGGCCGGGGCCAGUCUGGUAAACUCACCCAUGGAGGAGUUCUCUACCUGGUGAACCAGAGCCAUCCAUUCAGACUGCGCUACUCGCUGAGCACCAACGGCACAGCCCCCAGUGCUGCACAGAAAGGGCUGAAGGCAACCGAUAAGACAAAGGGAGGAGGGAUCAGGAAAGAUCAAGAGGUACCGUCGAGUCCAGCACCUAAACGCAGUAUAAAGGACUUCUUCUCUACCUCCCCCCUGAAGUCAUCUAAAAGACGACUGAGCCCAGAGAGAAAGCAACACCAGGUGAAGCGCCAGAGGACAGAGGAAGAGGCCUCGGGUGGACGGAUGAAGGGAGAAGCGGAGGACGAGGAGGAGAGACUGGCAGAGGAAAAGCUCAAGCAGCUGCAGGAGUUGGCGGAGAAGUCCACGAAGGGGAGGAGUAGCAGCACACAGCCUUCAUCUUCAUCACUAUCAUCAAAAGCCUGUCUAAAGAGCAGCUGGCAGCAGAUUGGCAACCUGAUGCUUUACACUGCUGCUGGAGUCAGAGGGAGUGACAAGAUUGCUGGCUUUGACAUAGACGGCUGCAUCAUCACCACCAAGUCCGGGAAAGUCUUUCCCACUGCACCAGAUGACUGGAAGAUUCUGUUCCCAGAGAUUCAGCCCCGGUUGGCGACUCUGCUCAGAAAAGGAUACAAGGUGGUGUUCUUUACCAACCAGAUGGGGAUCGCUAGAGGCAAACUGAGACCGGAAGUCUUCAAGUCCAAAGUGGAGGACAUCCUCGCCACGCUGCAGCUCCCCGUGCAGGUGUUUGUAGCAGCCGGUCCCGGCGUCUACAGGAAACCAGUUCCGGGAAUGUGGAAUCACCUCUGUGAGACGGCUAAUGAAGGUGUCACUGUUGACAAGACGGCGAGUUUUUAUGUUGGAGAUGCUGCAGGCCGACCAGAGAACUGGGCUCCGGGGAAGAAGAAGAAGGAUUUCUCCUCCAGUGACCGACUGUUUGCCUUGAACAUCAAGUUGCAGUUUCACACCCCAGAGGAGUACUUUUUGGGCUGGAAGAGCGCCCCCUACAGCAUGCCUCAUUUUGACCCCCGUAAGCUUGACUCGUCUGCCAGGCUGUUCGACCCGCCGUCGGCCUCCCUCACGUCCAGCGAGACGGAAGUCAUCGUCGCCGUGGGUUUCCCCGCCUCUGGUAAAUCCACUUUCUUCCACACCCACAUCAUUCCAAAAGGCUACGUUUACGUCAACAGGGACACACUCGGUUCGUGGCAGAGCUGUGUGACAGCGUGUCAGCGCGCUCUGCAGGAGGGCCGCAGCGUCGCCGUGGACAACACCAACCCGGAACCCGAGUCUCGCAAACGAUAUGUGGACGUGGCCAAGGCAGCGGGAGUUCCCUGUCGCUGCUUCCUCUUCACGGCCUCUCUGGAGCAGGCCAAACACAACAACAGAUUCCGUGAAAUGGCGCCAUCAGAAAGCAAACACGCCAAGGUCAACGACAUGAUUUUCCACAGUUACAAGAAACACUUUGUGGCUCCGGCGCUCUCUGAGGGAUUCUCAGAGAUCCUACAGAUCCACUUCGUCCCGAACUUCAAAGACAGCCAAUCAGAGACCUUGUUCAGACAGUUCUCUGAGGGCUGAUUGGACAGCCGGCUUUCCAAAGACCAGCAGGAAAUUUUUUUUUUUUUUACUAAUACCAGCCAACCGACUGUCUGUUGCAUGUGCUCUCCACUGACCUGCACAGCUUGUACUGUUUGCCUGAUGCCUCGAACGGCAAAGUAAGUCCAGUGAUGUUAACUACACUCGCAGAACACAGAAUCACUUCCCUCCAUUUAGUUUGAUAAGAUUCAAUUCACUGUAUCCACAUAAUGUUCAGAUGUACUUAAUGCAUACGUUAUACAUGUGUGGUUCAAAAAAAAUAAAAUAAAAUGAAAAAGAAGCAGAAUCACA